AUGGUGUCUCAAAAGCUGGAGUUUUGCAUCGAAUUAGUGAAGAUGGCAGUCGUUUUUGUCGCCGCCGUGGCUGAAUCAUUAGAAGAAGCUUUCCGUAAGCCUCAGCCGGCGCUUCCGGUAGUUCAUGACGGUCGCCGGAACAGUUACGCUAACGUUCCCAUUCCUCUCGUUGGAUUCAUGUGAUGAGUUUUUUUUUUGGUUUUGGCCUCUUUAAAGUUAGUAGCUCUCGUGCCAUGUGGCGUUUUGGAAGUUGUUGAUUUAUGUAUAAGUUAAUUAAGAGAAUCAUUGAGAGUUACAGAUGAAUACAAUUUGGGGGUACUAAUACCUUUUAUAUUUAAGAUCUUUUGAAGCUA